GAUAUCCAUUAAUUUCCAGUAGGGUAAAAUAAGUUGAGAAUAUUCCCGUCCCAUUCGGAGCGCAAACCCCAGAAGCCGUCGAACUCGUCGCGAUCGUCGUGAUCGAUCGCGAAGGCGUUCAGAUCUGAAUGGGCGGUGGCGACGUACCGCCGCCGGAGAUCGAUACUUUUCUGGCUGUUUCUGGCUCGAGGAAGGCACCGAUGGCCGAUGACUCAAACCUCUCCGAGUUCUCCGAUCACGCCCUAGAGGAGAAAAUCCAGCGGUUGAUGAGCCUAAUCUCGUCAGGCUUUGCGAACCGGCUUGCCGAUCGAGGCGAUAAGUUGAGGAUUAACCUCCGGGAGUUGCAGUCGGAGAGGAAUCGGAGGAAGCUUGUGGUCUCUUCCAAGGGUGUUGGAGCCUGCUGUAGUCUUUCUCAAUUAACUAACAGUAAUCCCUCAGGUACUGUUGCACAUUAUCAUGCAGAUACCACAACGUCAGAACCUUUUUCACAGUCUUCAUCGGAGAAGUUAGAGGACCAGGCAGUUGUAGCAUGCAGUAAAGGUACAAAGAUUGCCAGUCAAGACAAGGGCAAAGUUUCCAAAAAAUGUGAGUUAAAAACAUGUGGGAGAGGACAUCAAAUUGCAGUAUCAUCCUCACAGCCACCUAAUGUUUCUCGUCAGCAAACUCCUUCCCUUUCUGCUAGGAACUCAUCCGAGAAAGAUUUGAGAUUCUCGAAUAGUGAUUCUAGGAUCUUCAAAUCUUGCAGUCUGUCUUGUAAUAGAAGGAAAACGUGUUCUGGCAAUCAAAGGCUUAUCGACUCAGGAGGUGGGAACUCAAUGGCAAGGAUGUUCAAGGUUCGUGAAGUUGUCAUGUUGGAUGAAGAAGUUCAUUCUGCACAUCCAACGGGAUGUGAUACUGGCAAAUGGAAGAAGAGGAAGAUUUACUAUCCUUCAAGGGAUGAUCCUGAAUCUGUUGAGCUUUCAAUUGCAGAUAUACAAUGUCUAGAUCCAGAAUCCUAUUUAUCAUCUCCCAUAAUGAACUUUUAUAUUCAGUAUUUGCAAAGGCCAGAGUCUGCAGUCAAUAGACCAGGAGGUGAUUAUCAUUUCUUCAGCACCUACUUCUACAAGAAACUUGGAGAAGCUGUUUCAUACAGGGCUGACAAGGCAUGUUUUGCAAAAUUGAGAAGAUGGUGGAAAGGUGUUAACAUAUUUGAAAAGUCCUACAUAUUUGUUCCUGUCCACGGAAAUUUGCAUUGGAGUUUGGUGGUUAUAUGUAUACCUGCAAAAGAAGAUGAAUCAGGUCCUGUUGUGCUUCAUUUGGACUCAUUAGGCAUUCACAAUAGUUGUUCCAUAUUUGAUGUCAUCGAUAGAUAUUUGAUAGAAGAAUGGAAUUGCAUGAAUCAAAAUUCUUGUCUAGAUCUUCCAAUUUCAGAAGAGAUAUGGAGACAUCUUCCACAGAACAUUAGCAACAAGAAAAUUACAGUUCCCCAACAGAAGAAUGAGUAUGACUGCGGUCUUUUUGUUCUUUAUUUCAUGGAGAAAUUUAUUGAAGAGGCUCCUGAUAGGCUUAGAAAGAAUGAUUUAACAAUGUUUGGCAGCGAGUGGUUCCGGCCAGAAGAUGCUUCUGGCAUGAGAAAGAGAUUGCAAGAUCUACUUCUCGAAGUUUUUCGGUGCAGUGCUGCAGUGGAGGAAGACACAGCAGAAUCAACAUCCUCUGGCAGCUCCCUUGCAGAUGAUUGAUAGCAAUCUUUAUAACACCUGCAGCUUAUUUCUACAAAGAAGAGAUUUUGUGAAACCUAGUAGAGAUCCACAGUAUCAAAGAGUAUUACAAAUUAACCAACUUAACCUUUAAGUAAUGCUUGGAAAUCCAUCGAUAGGUAAUUUUCUGCUAUGUAUUUACCUUGACAUUCUGGAUAAAUCCUUACCGUGUCACUUGCAUAAAGUUUUUCUUUUGGAGCAAGCAGGAAGAGAUCAUUUCUUCUGCAAGAUAAAUAUGUGGUUCAGAGAAAAUUUUGAAGGCAUUUGUUUCAAGAGGGAAAGGUACUUUGAGCUCUACCAUAUAUGAUAUCAAGCUUUCUUUAACUUUGCAGAGGAACGUUUUGUGAAUAUUCACCUGCAAUUUAGAAUUAGAAUGUUAGUUGAUCCUUUUAGCAAGCUAGUUAAUCAUUCACAUUGUUGCAUUUUAGUUUAGGAUGUAUUUUGAGAUCAAAUAAUAUGAAUUUGUAAAGGAAAUCAUACUUGCAGUGAUAGCAAGUGCUCUUAGCAAAGAGAAUCUUUGUUGAA